AUGAAUGAACAACCAGCAAAAAACAAUUCUGCUCAAGAGGGACACACAGAUCAAAGUUCUCCUGAGAAGAACCAUCAAAUCACACAGAAGCAACUGGUAUGGCAUAUGGAUCGGCAGUUAAAGUACUUGGCCUUUCAAAACCCUGGACCACAGGUGGCAGACUUUAAUCCUGAAAUAAGGCAGCAGAGAAAGAGAGCUCGGAGGUCAAUGAUGAAUGAGUGUUUUUCUGUAAAAUACAAUGUUUUGAAGAAGUAUGACGAAAGUGGCAAGCUCAUCUUUAACGAUGUUGAUCUGUGUGACUGUCUGGAGAAGAACUGCCUGGGCUGCUUCUACCCCUGCCCCAAGUGCAACUCCAACAAAUGCGGUCCCGAGUGCCGCUGCAGCCGGCAGUGGGUCUACGAUGCCAUAGUCACCGAGUCCGGAGAGGUCAUCAGCACACUGCCUUUCGAUGUUCCUGACUAGAUGUUACAUGGGGGAUGAUUUGUUUCUUUCUGUCAUUUAAGCCAACCUCUUUCUCUUGGGUGAAUUUUAGGGCUUGGGGAAACGUUGGAAAAACAGACUUCAGACUAGUGUUCUCUGAAGCCAUAGAACCAUGUAGAGCAGACAGUCAUUCUAUAACAUUCUUAUUUCUUCUUCCCAUAUUCCUUUACUUGUAACCAAAUAAUUUGACAGCAGAUGGAUACCAGCACCUCACUGACACCUGCAUCUCAACUCUGCUCUCAAAUUAAAAAUCUUUCCUCUUUGCUAGUACCUGAGAAAAUGUUGUUUUUCAGAAUUCUGAAACUGAGAGCCUUUCUUACAUGGAACAUAGAGUCAUAAAUUUGU